AUGCUUAAGAGUUGUGCUAUUGAUUUUGGUGGCAAUUGGAUCGACAUUUACCAUUGGUUGAGUUCACGUACCAGUUACCAGAGGAGUAUUCAGAUGGCUUCGUUUGAGGCACUUUAUGGUAGGAAAUGUAGGGCUCUACUAUGUUGGUCUGACAUCGAAGACAAGGCGAAACUUAUUUGUGAGCGGUUGAAGGCUGCUUCAGAUAGGCAUAAUUCUUAUGCUAACUUGAAAUGUCGAGAUAUCAAAUAUCAAGUUGGUGAUAAGGUGUUUUUGAAGGUCUCACCUUGGAAGAAGGUUUUGAGGUUCAGGCGGAAGGGUAAGCUUAGUCUGAGGUUCAUUAGGACUUACGAUAUUAGAUCUUCUCAUGUUGUUCCUGUUGAGGAGAUUGAAGUUCAAUCUAAACUUUCAAAUGAGGAGAAACCAGUUGUCAUCUUAGACUGUGAGGUCAAGGUGCCACGCAACAAGACGAUUCCAUUGGUGAAAGUUUUGCGGCGCAACCACAAGACUGAGAAAGCCACUUGGGAGUCGGAAGAUAUCAUGAGGCAUCAGUAUCCGUAUUUGUUCGAUUUAGGUAAAUUUUGA